AUGAAGCCCCUCAUACUACUCCUCUCCCUCUUCUCAACCUUCCCAACAAUCAUCCAUUGUCGAAAUGGUGUCCCAUUCGACUAUCUAAUGUUCACAACCAUCUAUCCAACUGCUGUCUGUCGUGCCGAUGACGAUUCGGUCCCAGAAUCCUGUGAGAUUCCUGACGCAACCCCACAAUGGUCCAUUCACGGUCUCUGGCCAAACUAUGAAAAUGGUUCCUAUCCACAAAAUUGUCACGGGACACCGAAACAUUUCGAAGAGGACCUCAUCAAGUCGAUUGAGGAGAGAUUAGUCUCCGUUUGGCCAAAUCUCUACCCAAAGAAAACGAUUCAAUCCUUCUGGAAACACGAGUACGACAAGCAUGGAACGUGUGCCCAGAGUGAGAAGUUGUUCGAGUCUGAAUUGGCGUAUUUUACAGAGGUGAUGAACGUCUUCGAUGCCAUCGACGUCGCCGGAGGAAUGUCAUCAGUUGGACCAUCGGAAAAACCGAUUGGCGCUAAAGAUAUCCAAAAUGCGUUGGCUGGUGUAACAGGAGGAAAGAAGUUCGAGUUCAACUGUUUGAGAGAUAAGAAGACCAAACAAUUCCUUCUCGGCGACAUUCGACUGUGUCUCAAUAAGGAUUUGACACUCCGCGACUGUCCGGGACAUCAUAAUGACGAUUCUCAUCUGAACCGGGUCAACCGAUUCGAGAGAUCCACCAGAAAAGGACCACCAUUGCCAAGCUUCCAGUAA